UUUAUAAAAGGUAUGUUGUUUUAUAGAUCUGCUGCGGCUGGUGCGUGCGCGUGUGUCUUGUGUUUUAGUCUGUCUUUUCGAUUCCUCUCUUUCUCACUCAUGCUCUUUCUCUCUCUAUAAAUCUCUCUUCACUCUCUCUCUCUCUACACAGUCACUUCAUUAAUCAUUCUCUUCAAUCUUGCAUGCUCGAUCUUUCAUUUCUGAUUCAUCCAUUUUUAUUGAAAUCGUGUUUGUGUUAGAUCAGAAAUCAGAAUGGUGGUUGAUCACAGUGGAAAGGGAUCAGACGGUGAAGAUUCAUCAAACCCUAACGCCGUUUCAUCGGAUAACAGUCCAACUAGUACCGAACAGAAGAAAACCUGCGCCGAUUGCGGUACUUCCAAAACUCCUCUAUGGAGAGGCGGUCCUGCAGGACCAAAGUCGCUAUGUAAUGCUUGCGGGAUCAGGAGCAGGAAGAAGAAGAGAGCUAUUUUAGGGAUAAGCAAAGGAAACAACGAAGAUGGAUCAAGAAAGGGAAAAAAGAGCAAUGGAGGAGGAAGUAAAGUUGGUGAUAAUUUGAAUUUGAAGCAGAAAUUAUUGAAUUUAGGGAGAGAAGUGUUUAUGCAGAGAUCGCAUUGGAAGAAAUUGGGAGAAGAAGAACAAGCUGCGGUGCUUUUGAUGUCUCUAUCUUAUGGAUCCGUUUAUGCCUAAAUUAAACCUAAAUCUUUGCCCUAUCUUUUUUUUAUUUUUUUUAUUUUAGAAUUUAGUAGAUUAUUGUUUUAGGAUCCAAUCAAAUGAAUCUAUCAGUAUGAGCCUAACAACCUUUUCAUAAAUGUAUAUUUUUAUUUUCCGCUACUGAUUAUUGUUGCAAUGAGAGAAUUAUUAUGAGUGUGUGGUCAUGAGUUGUAAGAAAUUAAUGAUGAUUGUAAGUCCAAUUUUGGUACUAUAAUAUAAAUUCUCUCUAUUUCUUAUUGU